UCUGAACAAUGAAGAUCCUUUCAGUACUUUUUCUCGCGAUUUAUUUCACAAACGUUUUCGCCGAGAGAAUUUGUGUUGAUAGUGAAAUUGAACGAAAAAGUGGCAAUUAUGUCGGUUGUUUCCAAGAUCAUGAGUUUCAACGGAUGUUCCGAGGAUACGUCGUGCAUUUGCAGCAAUCGAACAGUAAUGAACAGUGCAUAAAAUUAUGCCAUGCUCGACGAUAUGUUUUUGCCGGGACACAAUAUGGUUAUGGCUGUUAUUGUGGAAACUCGAAGCCACAAGACGAAAAUCACACCAAAGUCGCUGAUAAACAUUGUGAUAAACUUUGUCCAGGACAUUCUUCGGAAAAAUGCGGCGGUUGGGGUUACAUGAGUGUUUAUGAGACGGGAAUUGAACGAUUCUUGAUUGGUGCAAAAGGAAAGCUUCUGGAAGACAGUGACACCAUUUCUGAUAAAAAAUUUUAUAUUGCUUAAAAUAAAUAUUUUUGAAAAAAGUACUUCAAAAAAUUCCAAAAUUUAAGAGAAAUUGUGUUCUCUUAACUUCAAAAUUAGCCUUUUCUUAAUUUAUCUACAUUUUCCUGUUUCAUUUGAAUUUUAACGGUUUUUUUAACGGUAUUAAAAAAAUUCAAAAUUAUCGAAAUUUU